AUGUUUCGUUUAUCUUUCUUUAAAAGACCAGUCACAAACGGUUCAAAAUUGUUAAUUAAUACCAAUACUUUAAAAUGUGCUUUCUCCUAUUCAACAGCGGCAAGUGAAGCAAAAAAAUCAUCUAGAAAGAUUGAUAGCUCUAUGUUAAAGCCAUUGUUUUAUGUAAUUUUAGUAGUAUCUGCUUUAAAUAAGGUUAGUGAACAACAAAAACAAAAUGCAGAGUUAGAACGUAGGUAUAGAAUGAAACUACAAAUAUUACAAGAUCUAAUUACCAGAUUAGAAAAGAACAGAAAAGUUGAUUUUGAUAUCAACCAAGAGCUAAAGUUGGUUCACAAAUUAUUUGAUAAAUAUGAUAACAAGUAUGAUGACACUUCAAUUAUAAAGCACAAUUAUACUGAAAAAGAAAUCGUUGAUAGUUUAAAUGGUAUCAAUAAUAGAGAUUAUAACAAUAAAACUGAUGAUGACGAAGAUUUAAAUAAACUAUUCAACGAUAUCUUAAAAGAUAUGGACAAGGACCCUGAGCAAAUUAAGAGGGAAAAUAUCGAAAAAGAAAUUGAGUUUAAGGAGAAUGAUGUUAAUCAAGAUGGUAUCAUUGUUAAUAAAGCCUUGCUAGAAGCUGAAAAGCAAAAGGAAAAAUCAACUUGGACCGACUACAAAGCUGAUAUUGACCAGCAUAUUGUGGUGGAAAAAGCUGGUGAUUUUGCUACUGCUGCAGAAGACACUAAGGUUUCUAAAUUUUUAUAA